UUAUUUAAGAAAAUACGAAUCAAUCCUACGUUGAAUUUUAUUGUUGAUAUCAAUAAUAUGUUUUAACCUGCUACAAAUGAUCAUCAAGAUUAGAUAUGCAUGUAUGAAAAAUUAGGAAGAACGCGUUUGAGAACUGUGCUCCGAAAUGUAUAUGCUUUUCCGCACAAACGUCAGGGAUAGGUAGUAAAUCUGGUAUCUCUUUUCACUCCGAUCAGAUUACGAUGUUCAGAUUGUCAUCUCCAAGGGCAUACUGCCAUCUCUUGGCCUGUUUCGUAAUUUUAGGAAGUAUUAACUGCCCCCACUUAUCAUUUCCUGUUCCGUGAGUGGUCACAGUAUGACAUGAGAAAGGUAUGGCGUCGGGACUCAAUUGCGAUAUACGGGUUUUGUAACGUGCUCGUAUUAUUAGUUAUCAAUCUGUGUUUAAAUCUGUCGCCAAUCAGAAGAGAAGUAUUUGUGUUAGUUUCAAGUGAAGUGCGAAAUUUGUUACCAGGAGACGUUAUUUGCAACAGUAUUCAAAACAUCUUGAGAUAUUUGGAUAUACACAUCACCAGAACAUUCGAUCUCAUCCAUCUAGCCACAUCUUCUGGUGUCUCCCUGCAAACAGUACGAUUGGUUUAUCUGUGCGGAAUAGAAGAAGCCCACGAGAUCUGUUAGGCUUCAUGGAAAUGUUGAAGUCGCCGUAUUGACAAGGAUGCUAGCGUUCUUCUCCUGAAGUCGAAAUAAUGAGUCGGGACGAUGGUACCAUCCGUCAGCACCGAAGCCGACUCCUUCAGCUCGCGGAAACCACUUCAGCGAACAGUAGCGGGAAGCGACGCGGCUUCAGUAACGCCCAGCUUCUUCGAAGCAACGGUGGUAGGAAGUUGCUGCAGGAGCUGGUCCGCAGCGACCCCAGCUACACACCCAACAUCGAGCACCUCGUGUUCCCCGACAGGCGGAACAGUGCCGUCACCUCACCCAUCUCGGCAACCGCUCCUCCCAAAGCAAGCUCCAACUCCAAGGCCACUCGCUCCAGGCUGGCGGAAGUCUUCGCCCUCAGCAGAUAUUCCCAUCACUCGCACCAGGGAGGUAGCGUCGACUCCAAAACCUCAAAGAUGUCCACGAAAGCCAGCAAGUCUUCCAGGAAGUCCCUAGGAAAUAUCUUGAUGUCGUCUUCUAAGGAUGGUGUUGGAGGCGGUCGUGGAGUGGGCGGAGGUCAUCAGCCUGCCGGUGGCACGGGCCGAGGCGAGGGGCCUCGGCGGUGGGCGAGCGAAGAACCGGUCCUACAACAGUCACAGACGCGUACGAAUCCAAGCCCCGACAGCGGCAAAGUCUGGCGUUCUACCGAGCAGCAACAGCCACAUAGAAGCGACCUCUCGACGGCGAAGCCGCUGCAGGACGCAACGGACAUGGCUACCACAAGGGGUCCUAACGUGUCAGUCCUGCAUCUGCGCAGCACGUCGGAGCCCUGGGAGACAGCGACCACGACGGCCUCGCAUGGCUCGAGGCCUUCGUCCCGAAGCAGCGUGGCGAGUCACGUGAGCUCCAUCCCCACGUUACAAGUCAAGUACGCGGGCAACAGUGCCACACAGUCACGAAACUCAAACUAUGCGUCGUUGCCGACUUCUCGUCGCCGGGACACUGGUCCGACCGCCCUCUUCAUCGCCGGUAGCAUGGCGUCAUCCGUUGAUCGUGGUACCAACAAUGGCAGCUGCAGCCGCGAGUUGUCGCCGGUCCGCUGGUGCGACCGCGAAGUUGAUGGCGUCUACCUCGGCCGCUCUGGCUGGGUUCAGGUCCAGCAACGCUCGCUGGAUGAAAACCGCAGAGCCAACUAUGGCAUGCUACACAGUGCUCCCUCUACUGCGCCUGCUGCACCCGUCGGGGGCACACUGCCAGGUCGACGUCCAGGCAUCAAGCUCGCGGACUACCAUUGCAGCAAUAGUGAACCUGGCAAGUUCCCAGAAGCUGUCAAAGUCGAGGAGCAACAGCGACCCGCCUUUCUUCCGCUCCCAAUCGGAAUCACCCAAGGACGGGAGUUUGAGCAUCGCAUUAACAGUCGCAGUGCAUCGCCGUCCCCUCAAGACCUGGGCUUGUCUGGUGAUCCAAUGUCGCCACCGUCAGUAACUCCGAUUAUAUCUCCGCCGCCGGCAUUCCAGGACCCAAGUCGUAGAUACCAGACAGCUCCUCGUCUUCGAACCGGUGCCGGUAAGCAUCCAUUCCUCCCUCGUUCAAACGCCAUUGUGGACAGCGAUAUUGUCAGCCCACCGCCGUCGCCACCUCCUACUGUAAACUGGAGUACGCUUCCCUCUCCGCGCACAGCGGCGCCCCCGGGUUCCCUGAGAGCGCGUCGGCUCACGCCGUCACCAGUCGACACGCAUCAGCAGCAGCCGCUACGAAUUCCACAAACUAAGUCUUUGGAGGAAACGACGGGAAGUGGAACUCGCAGGUCGCGGUUCCAAAAGAAUGAUUCAUCGUCGUCAUCAUCUUCGUCUUUCGGGUUCAGAAGCCUGGACAGCAGCAUUAACCCGCGCGCUACCAUGCCUCGACUGUCUGAGACAGACUCCUCUGUGGGCGGAUACGAGGACGGUGAUGAAGAGGAAAACCGCGAGUCAUCCUUGAAUCUCAGUGCAUUCUCAACCAUAACAGUCACUAACUCCUCGCCUGACACUCCUGCUGCUGUCUCUGGACUCCAGCCAAAAGAACGGUUUCUUGUUAACGGUGAAAAGAUAUCGCCAUCUUCAGUACGUCACAGGGACUCCAUCCGACUCCAUCACCAAAACCAGAGAUUAGAACACCGCACGCAUCCGUUAAGGAAGUCACCAGGUUCCGAAGGAAACAACAAGAAACAAGUUUGGAAUAAUUCUUCCUCGUCUUCGUCAUCUUCGUCGAGUAGCUGCACGGGAAGAACGGGUUUAACACACGCUUUCAGGCGCUCGGUGAGCCAUUCGAUUGCGAAGCAGCAGCAGCAGCAGCAGCAGCAACAACAACAACAACAACAACAACAACAACAGCAGCAGCAGCAGCAGCAGCAGCAGCAAGUACAAGCUGUGAUCCGAGUUCCGGAAGCUGUUUCUCACAGCUAUGACACGUGGGACGGUAGAAACCGCGUGCGUCGCUCGCGUAGUCUGCAGUUGCCGGAAACGAAGUCUCCCGGAGCCCUGUCACCCGGUAGCCACAGUCACACGGACUGUCAAUACUUGCUGGUGAAGCAACACCCACAUCACUACUACCUCCAGCAGCAGCAGGUGCCCGCAGAACCGCACCGAGUGGUAGUUAAAAUCGGUGGCGAGCCAAUGGAAAAACCAAGACGCCCCUUCAUACACAGCAGAAAGACGCAGUCGGAGGAUAGCCGGUACGAGGACGGAGUGCGCUGGGAGGACGAGGCCCGUGCCGUAACAGAUUACUUGCACGGUACUCGGAGCCGCGCUGCCGCCCGUGCGCUUCUCCAAGCACGGUACCACGCCGAACAGGAACAGGAGCGCCGCAGUAAGGAACCUGAGCCGGGCUUCAACAUCUUUUUCGUGUCCCGAAACAAGGGCAAGCAACAGCCUCAGCAGCGACAGAGAGUUCUGCAGCGUGGAAUCACCACACCCUCCGCCACAACUGUCGCCAGCGUCUUCUGCCCGAACAUCAACCCAGAUACUUGUGAUUUCUGGCCGCACUGUGCUCAUCUCGAUAGCCUAUACCCGCCUUCUGGCCAUAGCAAGUCAUCAACACCUUCCCCAUCUUCCGGACCCAAGUUGCCUACAGCCGCAUCUGCAGCCAGUAACAUGCGGCUCUCUCAGAGCUACCCCACCACUGCAGUGACUCAAAAUCAACGAGGUAGGAACGAACCAAGGCGAAAUUACGAUAAUGACGAAAAGAGCAAGCGAGUGGAUGGACCCCGUGGGGGUGGACAAUCCACGAGAUCAUCUCCCGCGUCUCUAGAGCGAGUCGACGAAUACGAACUCACGAUGCCCAGGAAAAAUCAAAGUGGCCUCAAUGGUGUCAGCAGUCCAUCUGAUAGGAAAUCUAUUCCUUUGGAUGCGGAGGACAAGAAACCGAAAUGGAGAAACAGUGGGGUUCCGUUUCAAUAUUCGCAGAUUCCUAGACGUCCCGCAAGUUUUGGCACUAAUUCUGAAAGAAUUAAAGUCGGUUUAGAUACCUCAUCGUCUACUAACUCCUCCAUAGACAGGGACGCCGAUCAGUAUAAGAGGGAUACUGGUUUCAGUGUGGGGAUGGGUUCAGGUCUCCGUCAAGCAAACGGUAGUCCAAGCGUUGUGUCUCCUUUGAUAGAUCUGGUGGAGGAUGACUUUGAGAGACAGCUAAGUGUUCCGAGGGAACGUAAAGCGUCUCCCAUUGUCAACAGCAGAUCGCCUUCCGCAGUCGGAGGAACCUCUUCGUCAUCGUCGUCAUCCAGUGACGUGUGGGUGACGACGUCAGACCGUACCGUCAUGAAGAGUCCGAGAACCCAAAAAAGUUCUGGGACAUCCACCCCUUUGGAAGAUGCCUCGUCAACAGUAAUGUUGAUGAUUAAGUCACCGGUUGGUGACCACAGCAAGUCAGUGUUAGAACCCCGACCUGGAAGUGCUCCAGCGGAGGUGGUAGAAAAUCGAAACAAAGUUAUGCUAGAAUCCCAGCAGAGGUCUCUGUCGCUGCCCAAGUCGUUUCUGUCAGAACGUGCAGGGGUGAAGACGCCGAAGCAAAGGGGAUGUUGAGUGGUGACGACGGCUGUGGAUUGAUGCAUUUCCAGAAUGUUCUGGUCCACCCCCCACCCCCCGUGUGGCGAACACGGUCUGUGUAGUUGGGAUGUGGAUGCCCCAUUAUCUCUUGCGUGG